UGGUGCGAUAAUUGGUCAUUUUCCAUCUGGCAACGUUGAUUGAAGGAGAAGACGGACGAUGGUAAGGAAGUCUGACAACUAUAUGCCUCAAAAUAUCACUCGUGUGUAGCAAACCUUGCUCCUGUAAACACGUUUUGACGUCAUUCACUGACCAGGGUUACAACGCUACCCUUCUGGCCUACGGGCAGACAGGUUCCGGGAAGAGUUACUCCAUGGUGGGCUAUAGGCCUAACAAAGGCCUGGUGCCCAAACUGUGUGAGCGACUCUUUGAGGCUAUUAAAGGCAAUCAGGACACAAGACAAUGCCAGGUCUUCUUCAGUAUGUUGGAAAUAUACAACGAGCAGGUGGUGGACCUGCUGUCUCGUAGCAGUCGUCCUCCAGGGGGUCUCCGUGUCAGAGAGGAGCAGCAUAGAGGCUUCUAUGUGGAGGGUCUGCGUACUGUGCCCUGUGAUAGUGCAGCACAGGUGGAGCAGUUGAUGGAGCAGGGCACUAGAACCCGGACCACCGCGGCCACUCACACAAACGCCAACAGCAGUCGCUCCCACAUGCUGAUCGUGUUGCAGCUCAAACAGAUCUUUUACAAAGAGAGCAUCAGCAAACAAUCCAACAUCAACUUGGUGGACCUGGCAGGAAGUGAGCGUCAGAGGUCAUUAGGGUCAGAGGCUGACCGUCUGAAAGAAGGCACGGCCAUCAAUCUGAGCCUCACCACUUUGGGCAACGUCAUCAGUGCCCUGGCUGACAUGGCAGUGGGGAAGAAAGUGGUCCAUGUUCCCUACAGGGAUUCAGUUCUCACAAAGAUGCUGCAGUCCGCACUGGGAGGGAACAGCCGUACUGUCAUGAUCGCCACGCUGAGCCCUGCUGACAUCUGCUAUGAGGAGUCUCUGUCAACACUUCGUUAUGCUGAGAGGGCAAAGCACAUCCAGAACCGGCCUGUAGUGAACGAAAGUCCCACAGAGCGUCUGGUCAAAGAACUGAAAGCUGAGAACGCCAGACUGAUGCAGAGACUGAGCAGACUGGGCCAGGAGGGGCGCAGCGCCCAUGAUGAAACUAAGGAGAUCCGUCAGCUGCUGACACACAAUGAACUCCAGAUUAGAACCAUACACACUCUGUGGGAGCAACAUCUGCAGGAGGCACUCAAGGACUGGGAGCAACAGUAUGCCAACAUCACGCAGGAGAGGAGAAUGAUGCAGAUGCAUCCUUACAUCUUGAACAUCAAUGAGGACGCUCAGCUGUCUGGUGUGGUCAAGCUGUUCAUCCAAGAGGGUGAAUGGGAUGUUGGCCUCUGUGACAACACAUCCACCUCCAUCACCAUUAAGGGUUUAGGGUACAUAAACACACUCUACACACUCCAAGCUGACCAGAAAUACUGUAAGUACGUGUGUGUGUGUGUGUGUGUGUGUGUGUGUGUGUGUGUCAGUAUUCAGCAGCGUCACGCUGUGAUGAGGAACGAACAGCGCCGGGUAACGCUAACGCCGCUGAAGGGGUCAAAGGUGACUGUCAAUGGCAGAGCUGUUGGUGAGAUGACUGAGCUGCACCACCUGGACAGACUCAUUCUCGGUUCCAACUGCACAUAUCUUUACAUCGGAUUCCCGUCCGAGAGAGGUGCUGACGACUGGAGUUACUACGACUACGACUUUUUCCUGUCAGAACUGGCUGCUGCUGAGGGCAUCCACCUCAGUCAAACCAGUGCAGGAUGUUGCAAGACUGAUCCAAGUCUGCUGGCGGUCUUUUACGACUACAUCAAACUGAUGCCUCUGGUGGCUGAAGCCAACCAGAUGAGCCAAGAGUUAAACAAGGGAGUGGAGUUUAAAUUGGAGAUUAAGAAUCUGGUGCUAUCAGAUUCAAAAGGCCACGACCUGGAAAAAUACAUUGUCUGCAGAGUCAUCUCCAAGCCCAGCAAACAGGUGUGGAUGUGGUCCAAGGCCAAGUUUGUGAACCGCAAAUUCCUGAUGGAAGAAAUCUACCAGCAGCAUCUGGCUGAACUGGAGGGAGAACAUGGAGAUGAGGGCCUUUCCACAGCGGCCUUGCCCAGAGAUAAGGAUCCUUUUUGGGAUCCGGUAGAACCGUUGCUCCUGGGAACCGCUCACCUUUGGCUCCAGUCUUUGGCCUUUCGCAUUCCUCUGGACGAGCAACUGGAGGUGCUGGGGUCAGAGGGCAGCGAGGAGGCCAUUAUUCAAGCAAAGCUGCUUCCUUGCACCUCGACUGGCAUGCCUCUGGGAGAAGACCACAUCCUCAUUGACCCGUCUGAACUUCUGGGUCGGCGACUUGACGUUCAGUUAGUCCUGGAACAGUGUUUUGGACUUUGCUGGAUCAGAGAAGAUCGCAGUAGAGGCGUCCAGAUUGGUUUCAGGCUGUUUGACAGCUCAUUGCCUUUCUACACACCUGCUGUCUGGCACAGUGUCAUCCCUGCGCUGCAUCACAAAGUCCACUUUGCGUCACGCCAGGUGUCCCAGCGUCUACUUGAUUACCUGCAGAGCAGCGCUUUGCUUCUGGAGCUUUGGGGGCUUCAAGAGGGUUGCACUGUCUUGGUAUCACCACUUGAGGGGUCUAAAGGGACCACAGAGGGUAUCUUCUUCAUUGAAGGUGAUGGCACAACUAAUAAUAAUCCUACUGAUUCUGCAUUACUGAACAGUUCAAUGGCAGAAAUUCAGAAAGAAAUGGAAGAACUGAAAAGAGUGAACAAGUUACUGAUGAAAGAAAAUCAAAGUUUAAGAGGACAGCUGAACUUGGGCAAGAAUGGUACUACCAGUGCACGAAGUCGCUCAGUUCGGCCCAGUUGUGAUGCAGAGUUUGCUCGCUCACUGAAGCUUUUCUACCACAGCAUGACUUCUGUUCGGGCUCAGCUGCAGAGUCUGCGCAGACAAAGGCCAGGCGAGUCAUGUGACCUGUUGAGUCUACGACUCUUUGUGGAUGAGCAGAGUGGUCUGCUGAAGGACUUCUCAGAGCACCUGGAGGCAACUGUGUCAGCCCUCAAACGUGACGUUGCUGCCAUCGUCCGACGCAAGAGAGAACGAUGGGGAUCUUGGUCUUGAGGCUUUUAACAUUCAUUGUAGCGCAGACAGUUUGAUUUGUAUAGCUUAGAUUGUUUGUACAUUUUGAU